CGGCUCUGUCAUGUGAUCAGCUGUGUCCAGUCACAGCUGAUCGCAUGUAAGAGCUGUCACGCUGACAGCUCGUGAGGAGAGGAGAGCCGGUAAUCGGCAUUCCUCAGAGGGGACAUGUACACUGAUCAUCUGGGCACUGAUGAUCAGUGUGCCCUGUCAGUGUCCAUCAAUGCCAGCUGUCAGUGCUCAUCAAUGCCACCUGCCAGUGCCCAUCAGUGCCACAUAUCAGUGCCCAUCUGAGCUGCCUUUCAGUGCCACCUAUCAGUGCCAGUCAGUGCCACCUAUCAAUGCCAGUCAGUGCCACCUAUCAAUG